UCCCGCCGGGUGCUGAUUCCAGCUCGCGCGUUCCGCUCGGUGGAUGCGGCCGUCCAACAAGCGCGGAGACUGUUACAAUUGGGUCUGGGUUUUCACCUUUCAAGGAGGCGGGGGGUUGAGGAGGAGGAGGCGGGCGAGGAAGGCGAGUCCUGCGAGAGGCAGUUGCGGGAGACUCGCUGCAGCUUCAGAGAGGACCUUUGCUUCACCCGUAGCGCUCUGAGCACGGGAUGGAGUGAAGCAGCCCGGGCUUUCUCUAAGGGGGGGCGGGAGGGGGUCAGGCGGUGCAGAGGCGAAAGAGAGACAGAGAGAAAGAAGAAGAAGGAGGAGGAGAAGAAGAAAAAGAAGAAGAAGAAGAAGCCGCGUCUGGCGCCUGAGAAUUUGGGAUCCGUUUGGGAGGUAACCGCGCACCCGGGGGAAAUGGAUUCUGUACCACGGCUCACCAGCGUUUUCACUUUGCUGUUUUCCGGCUUGUGGCAUUUGGGAUUAACGGCGACAAAUUAUAACUGUGAUGACCCAUUAGCAUCUCUGCUUUCUCCAAUGGCUUUUUCCAGUUCCUCAGAUCGUACUGGUACUCACAGUCCAGCUCAACUCAACCGAAGAGUUGGAACUGGUGGUUGGUCACCAGCAGAUUCCAAGGCUCAGCAGUGGCUGCAGGUGGAUCUGGGAAACAGAAUGGAAAUCACAGCAGUGGCCACGCAGGGAAGAUACGGCAGUUCUGACUGGGUAACAAGUUAUAGCCUGAUGUUCAGUGACACAGGACGCAACUGGAAACAGUACAAGCAAGAAGACAGCGUCUGGACCUUUGCUGGGAACAUGAAUGCAGAUAGCGUGAUGCACCACAAGCUGGCACACUCGGUGAGAGCCCGCUUUGUUCGCUUUGUACCCCUGGACUGGAAUCCAAACGGAAAGAUUGGCAUGAGGGUAGAAGUCUACGGGUGCUCCUAUAAAUCAGAUGUUGCUGACUUUGAUGGACGGAGCUCCCUCCUGUACAGGUUCAAUCAGAAGCUGAUGAGCACUCUCAAAGACGUCAUCUCUCUGAAGUUCAAGAGUAUGCAAGGAGAUGGCGUCCUGUUCCAUGGAGAAGGCCAACGUGGAGACCAGAUCACCCUGGAGCUCCAAAAGGGAAAACUCAUCUUGCACCUAAAUUUGGAUGACAGCAAACCUCGGCUCAGCAGCAGCCCAUCCUCAGUCACCCUGGGCAGCCUCCUGGAUGACCAGCACUGGCACUCCGUCCUCUUAGAGCGGGUUGGCAAACAGGUGAACUUCACUGUGGACAAGCACACUGUGCACUUCCGGACUAAAGGUGAAGCAGAUGCCUUAGACAUUGACUAUGAGCUUAGUUUUGGAGGAAUUCCAGUACCAGGCAAACCGGGAACCUUUUUAAAGAAAAACUUCCAUGGAUGUAUUGAAAACCUUUACUACAAUGGAGUAAACAUAAUCGACCUGGCUAAAAGAAAAAAGCAUCAGAUCUACACUGUGGGCAAUGUCACUUUUUCCUGCUCCGAACCACAAAUUGUUCCCAUCACAUUUGUCAACUCUAGCAGCAGUUAUUUGCUGCUGCCCGGAACCCCCCAAAUUGAUGGGCUUUCAGUGAGUUUCCAGUUUCGAACGUGGAACAAGGAUGGUCUGCUUCUGUCCACAGAGCUGUCUGAGGGCUCCGGGACUUUGCUGCUGAGCCUGGAGAGUGGAACCCUGAGACUUGUGAUUCAGAAAGUGACAGAAUAUGCAACUGAAAUUCUCACAGGCAGCAACUUGAAUGAUGGCUUGUGGCAUUCAGUUAGCAUCAAUGCCAGAAGGAACCGCAUCACCCUCACUCUGGAUAAUGAUGCAGCUUCCCCAGCUCAGGACACUCCCCGGGUGCAUAUUUACUCUGGAAAUAGCUACUACUUUGGAGGGUGCCCUGACAAUCUCACCGAUUCCCAAUGUUUAAAUCCCAUUAAAGCUUUCCAAGGCUGCAUGAGGCUCAUCUUUAUUGAUAACCAGCCCAAGGACCUCAUUUCAGUUCAGCAAGGUUCCCUGGGGAAUUUUAGUGAUUUACACAUUGAUCUGUGUAGCAUCAAAGACAGAUGUUUACCAAACUACUGUGAACAUGGAGGAAGAUGUUCCCAGUCCUGGACUAGCUUCUUCUGUAAUUGCAGUGACACAGGUUACAUUGGGGCCACCUGCCAUAACUCCCUGUAUGAGCGAUCCUGUGAGGUGUACAGGCACCAAGGGAACACAGCUGGGUUCUUCUACAUUGACACUGAUGGCAGUGGGGCCGUGGAGCCUCUCCAGGUUUACUGCAAUAUCACGGAGGAUAAGAUCUGGACAUCUGUGCAGCACAAUAUCACAGAGCUGACCCGGGUUCAGGGUGCCAACCCUGAGAAGCCUUACACGAUGGCUUUGGACUAUGGUGGCAGCAUGGAUCAACUGGAGGCUCUGAUUGAGGGCUCGGAACAUUGUGAACAAGAGGUAGCCUAUCACUGCAGGAGGUCCCGCCUCCUCAACACUCCAGAUGGAACACCAUUUACUUGGUGGAUUGGGCGUGCCAAUGAAAGGCAUCCUUACUGGGGAGGUGCCCCUCCUGGAGUUCAACAAUGUGAAUGUGGCCUGGAUGAGAGUUGCUUGGACAUUCGACAUUUUUGCAAUUGUGAUGCAGACAAGGAUGAAUGGACAAAUGAUACUGGAUUUCUCUCCUUCAAAGACCACUUGCCUGUCACUCAGAUAGUUAUCACUGAUACCAACAGAACAAACUCAGAAGCUGCUUGGAGAAUUGGUCCAUUGCGUUGCUAUGGCGACCGACACUUCUGGAAUGCAGUCUCAUUCUAUACAGAAGCCUCGUACCUCAACUUUCCUACACUCCAUGCUGAAUUCAGUGCUGAUAUUUCCUUCUUUUUUAAAACUACAGCUUUAUCUGGAGUUUUUCUAGAAAACCUUGGCAUUAAAGAUUUCAUUCGACUUGAAAUAAGCUCUCCUGCAGAGAUCACUUUUGCCAUUGAUGUUGGGAAUGGUCCCAUAGAGCUCAUAGUCCAGUCUCCUACUCCUCUCAAUGACAACCAAUGGCAUUAUGUUCGAGCUGAGAGGAAUCUGAAAGAGGCCUCACUCCAGGUGGACAGCCUACCAAAGAUGACCAAAGAGACUUCAGAAGAAGGAUAUUUACAACUGCAACUGAAUAGCCCGCUGUUUGUAGGGGGAACAUCAUCAAGACAGAAAGGCUUCUUAGGAUGCUUACGCUCCUUACACUUGAAUGGCCAGAAACUGGACCUGGAGGAGAAGGCCAAGGUCACGAGUGGAGUCCGGCCAGGGUGUCCUGGUCAUUGCAGCAGUUAUGGCAGCACCUGUCACAAUGGGGGCAAGUGUGUGGAAAAGCACAGUGGGUACUUCUGUGAUUGCACUAAUUCACCAUAUGAAGGUCCUUUUUGCAGAAAAGAAGUUUCUGCUCUUUUUGAGGCUGGCACGUCAGUAACUUAUAUGUUUCAAGACCCCUAUCCUGUCACCAAAAGUAUAAAUCUCUCAUCUUCGGCGAUAUACAUAGAUGCAGCUCCAUCCAAGGAAAGCAUUGCGUUUAGUUUUAUGUCAGCCCAGUCACCCAGCCUCUUGCUCUAUGUUAAUUCUUCUCAGGACUACCUGGCCAUCAUGCUCUGCAAAAAUGGAAGCCUACAGGUUCGUUAUCUGUUAAGCAAGGAAGAAACCCAUGUAUUCACUAUUGAUCAUGAAAACUUUGCUGACAGAAGGAUGUAUCACUUGAAGAUUAACCGAGAAGGAAGAGAGCUUACCAUACAGAUGGAUCAGCAACUCAGACUCAGUUAUAAUUUCUCUCCAGAAGUUGAAUUCAGGCCUGCAAGGUCACUCACAUUGGGCAAAGUCACAGAGAAUUUUCAACUGGAUCCUGAGGUUGCAAAGGCAAAUGCCGUGGGUUUUGUUGGAUGCCUGUCUUCAGUCCAGUACAACCAUAUAGCGCCACUGAAGGCAGCUCUGCGCCACACCACCAUUGCACCUGUUACUAUACAAGGGAUCUUGACUGAAUCUAGCUGCAACUCCAUGAUGGUCUCAGAUGUGAAUGCAGUGACUACUGUGCAUUCUUCAUCAGAUUCAUUCGGGAAGACAGAUGAGCGAGAGCCUCUCACCAAUGCAGUUCGAAGUGAUUCAGCAGUCAUUGGAGGAGUGAUAGCAGUGGUGAUAUUUAUCAUCUUCUCUAUCAUCGGCAUCAUGACCCGAUUCCUCUAUCAGCAUAAGCAGUCACAUCGUACUAACCAAAUGAAAGAGAAAGAAUAUCCAGAAAAUUUGGACAGCUCCUUUAGAAAUGACAUUGAUUUGCAAAACACAGUGAGCGAGUGUAAGCGGGAAUAUUUCAUUUGAACAGCUGCAGAAUCCUCUACUAUAUUUUAUUGUGAACUUUUUCUCCUUCUUGUUCUCCUGUCUUUUAAUUUUGAUGAUUUUCUUUAUAUAAUUUGUGUGCCAUUUGUUUUUGGAACAUUCUUGUAUCCACUGCAGAAUUUUUUCACUUGAUCCAAUCUGGAAGACCAGGCAGCUAGAAACACUGCCUUCCACUUUGACAAACUACUCAAGAGAUUGACUUUACUACUCUAGAUAAGAAGAAGCACUUGAAUGUACAUGUGCAUAUUCAAUUCUGUAUUUCCAAUUUCUAAGAUACACUCUUUCAUUUCAUAGCCAUCCAGUCUUGAAGGCUUACUUUCAAUCUGGUGUGUGAUUUAGACAGUUAACAGUCACCCUUGACAUCUUCCCCCAUCUCAAGUCCCUUCCUAUUAGGGAACUCAGGGUAGAGAGAGAGAAGAUGCUAAAACCUGCUUUAAUGACAUUUUAAAGGGAAAAGGAGAGGAAAUGAUUUAUAUUAAUUUUCUUAAACUUAGAAAGCCCAUACCCCUAAACAUCACUGCUUUUUACUAAAACUAAUUCCUUGAGUAUUUUCAAGUAUAGGACUCCUUAUAGUAGUGAGAUUAUUAUUUUGUUCCUUUCUUGCCAUUCUCUCCUGGGGCUGACACUUUUAGAACAGCACACAAUAGAGGAAGCAUGGAAAAUAGUAGCUUGAAACUAGGAGGUUAGAGGAAAGCUGCUAGGAAGUAGAUGCUAUUCUAUAACUUGAAAAACGUCUCUUCCAAUUUUGUAAGAAAAGUUAGCUAGGCUAUUUCUGGGAUUAUUAUACUGAGGUAAAUAGAUAAAAAUAUAUGUAAGUUGCUGCAGCAUAAAAAAAAUUCUUAAAUAAAACUCUGAGAUAAUAUUUGGUUCCAUGAAGAACCUAAAACAUGUUUAUUCAACUUAAAACAAACAAAAAUAAAAUAAUAAAAACUGCAUGAAAGAAAAGAAAUAUCAAACAGAAUUCUCCCAAACCAUCCAUUCUCUAAAGAGCUGGUGAAAAAAGGGAAUUUUUAUUUCACAUUUCAUAACAGACAUAUUGAUCCAUUUCUGUCCAUUCAACUUUCUUAGAGGUAUAGGAAUUACCGUCAAUGAGUCAUCCUGCUUAUCUCCAGGAACUUCCACAUUUACUUUCAAAGGAGGCUUUCAAUUCUAUAGACCACUACAUUUUGAAAUUUACUAGUUCCUUUAUUUGAAAGGCAAACUUGUAUCUUGCUGUAGACAUAAAUCCCCAGGUGAGGUUGGCAACAGUUUUCAGGGUCUUUGGCAUUUUUUUUAUGACAAAACAUGUAAGAAACACAAUAACUGCAGUUUUGUUUCCUUUUUAGAAAGUAUCUAGCAAUUAAGCUCUUCCUAACUAGAAUGGAAAAAAGUUUGUCUAUUAUACUGCAGUAAUACAUCUGACUCUUUUACUAUGGAUCAUCUUGGAGAAAAAAAAAAAGAAACAACAAAAACACUUUAGUAUGUGGGAAAGGUUUCUAUUAUGAUCCUCAGAUGUAGAAGGUAUUCUCCAAUUCUCUUUGCAAGACAAAUUUUAUUUGGGAAACCAUUACCAUAUCACAGUUUGCCAGUCUUGAUAGUUACCAGACACUCCAUCAUUUUCUUAAUGUAUCUAUUGCCCCUGGUUAUUUAACACUCUCCUGCACGAUAAGGAUCAAAAUGAGACUCAUUAACUUCAUUCCAUUGCAGUCCAUUUCAGUUUUUUUCUUUCAGUGUCAGAGAAUAUAGCCUAAGGAUUUAGCUUAUAAUCAUAGUUCUCAACUUUGAUAUGUUGCUAUAAUUGCUAAUUAUUCUCCAAGUUUUCUGUGAUGUUCACUCAUUAUUUCUAUUAUCUCUUUUUAUUAAUAAUUUUUAAGUUAUUCUAGAAAGAGCAUAUUUUGCUUUCAGUUUUAAUAAAUGGAUAAGUGUUAAUAAGAGAAAAGAUCAUUAAAUAUUGUUUUUCCUUGCCUCUCCAUCCCUACUCUUAAUUCUCACUUCUGAAUUUUCUAUUUCCAUGAAAAGGCUUUAUUCAUCACCCUUUUUCUUGACUGCAUGGUCUUUUGCUCCUUGAAAUAAAGGUCACUUUGAAGAACUGUAGAGGUAGCCUGAAGUUUCUCUAAAAACAAAAAGAAAAGAAAAUGGAGUAGGAAUUCCUCAUUAUUCAAGUCCCUGGGAAGUGAUGAUUAUAAUUUAGUCACCGUGCUGAUAGAAGAAAUAGAGGACUAGCCAAACCAAACACACAAUAUUUACUGUUCUCAUCUGCCUAUGUGUUUACAAGUCACUCUGCCGUGUGAAGAAUUCAGCAUAUCUUUGCUACAGAAUUCACUCACAGAUCUCUCCACAUAAGUAAACUUUUACAUAUGAUACACACACGAUGUCUAUCAUAAGAAAAUUUAAGCUCGAACAUUGUAUGAGGGAAACACACGUAUAACAAUGUAUAAAUCUGUUACUGUACCCUCAUGGUGAUUCACUAAUUAAUAAAUAAAUAAAUAAAUAAGAAAAAAAAGUCAAGACAGUGCAAUCUGCAUGUCGCUCUUAUAAGUAGUCUCAGGGCUAAAUCAAAAUUAUUUCUACAGUGUUGGAUUAUUUUAUAUCUUUCAGAGAACACUCAGCACUCACUAGAUGUAUUUGAAAAAGCAAAUAAUCUACCCUCUCCAAAGCAAAACACAAUAUUCAGUUAGAAAUAAGUGGUAACUCUGUCUUUCCACAAGGAUACCAAAAAUUCAUGUCAUUUCAUGCAAUUCCUCAAUUGUUUGAGUGUCUUCAUCCUUCAACAAUUAUGAUCACUAACACAGUUUUUAAAAAGAACUCUUAUCCCACCUUAGUCACUAUUUUUCUGCUUCAUUGGUCAGGCAUCCUGAUUGCACACACUGGCCAACCCCACAACCCUCCACAUGAACUGUCAAUUUUUAGUAACUGCAGUUUACAAAGAAAUUUUACAGAAUGUGGUCAUUUUGCAGAAAAAUAACAAAAAACCAGUUUACAAUUUUGCAUUCUCUAGGAACUGUUUGAUUGGUAUCACUUCCACCAAACAAAUCUAUUUUUAUGAGCAAUUGUGAAGUUGCUUACACUAAAGUAUAUUUAACACUCAUUGCAGCAUUCAUUGUAUGUAUAGGUUAGGUUUUCUGGUUUCUAGGAGAAAUUUUUUAGGUAAUUAGACAUUUGUCACUUAUGUAGAUAUAUUUUUAUGAAUAAAUUAACAUCUUUUCCACUUCUAUCUGCAUAUGGGGGAUUUAAGGAGAUUUAAGGAGAUUGAUUUAAGAAAAGUUUGUUCUCUGUAGUAGCAAUAGAGGUGGCAAUAAUCUAAAUUCUACAUUUUGUCAUAUCUCUGACCCUCAUAGUAUAUCAAGAAAAGGGUUAAAGCAAAAUAAACAGAUUUCUCUUUAUUUACUCAUAAAAUAUUUAUUGGAUAUGCAGUACUCUAUGGCUUAUGCUAGACUUUGGAAAUUCAAAUAUAAUCAAAACCUUAUUAUUGCCUGGUGGAGUCUAGCAGGGGAGACAUAUAUAGUCAUAACAAAGAUAGCCAUAUAGUGCUAUAGAAUUAGAACAAAGGUUGUGUAUAUUUUAAAAAUAAAGCCUUUUCUAGAUACUUAAACAGUUGCACUUAUUCCACUUCCAACAUGAUGCUUUGUUUAUCCUCAAAUUAAUUAUAUAUCUCCACAGAUAUAAUUCUGUAAAGGAAAGCAUAUUCCUUUAGAGACAGCAAGAAUAAAUCAUCCUUAUCUCUAAAGUACAAUUUGAGCCUCUGGAUUCUCUUCAGUCUUAUUUCAGUUUUUGGUGCAUGAUUCUAAAAGUUCUCCAUCUUAUCACUCAGACCACUUUUGGGAACCUAACCUAGAAAAUAAAAAUAUCAUCUUCACCCUCAUUCUUCACUGCCUCUUUUCUGAGUUCAUUUUGCCACAGAGUUAUACCUUAGAGUAUGUCAUUGUUCCAGAUUUUCCUGAAAGACAUCUCUGAGCUACUCCAGCUUCUUAUAAUACUUUCCUUUGCCAUGGAAUUUUUUUUCUAUUUAGAGAGAUUUCUAAAAUCUAGAUAAAAUAUAAUGUUGACUAAUGAUUGACUAAAAGGUACUAUCCAUCUAAAUGAGCCAGGGCCAUACCAGGACUGUAAAAGGAAAAAAAAAUCCCAAUCCAGAAUUUGUUUCCAAUAGUUUCUGCAAAAUUUCAUUUAGGUUAGAGGAACCCACUGAGAUGAUAUAAACAAUGUCUGUUUUCCAACAUAUUUUGGGAGAUAGGAAUCAGUCUUUGAAGUAUUCCUUAUAAAAUUCUGAUUUUUCCACUAACUUCUCUGGCAUCCUUUGACUUACCUUAUAUCUGUAGUCUUUCAAAAUCACAUCAUAAUACCAGCGUGGUGACAGGAAUUUGAAAUAUGUUUCCCCUUAACCAGGAAACUUGGGUAUAUUUAGAUGUAAUUGUCCAAGAGGUUCCAAACAGGCCAACCAAAUGAAGAUAUUCCCUGUUCAUGCAAAAAUAAAAGUUUAAUAGAAGAAGGUCCUGUUAAAAUCAGAGCUUUUUAGAUUACAGGAAAGAUAACUGAGUGUUAUUUUAUGUCUCUCAUGCAGUUUGAAAAUGUUUCUUAAAAGACAUAUCUAGUAAUUGAAUUUCUUCCAUGCACUGUUCGUGGGUCUUAACUUUUCCUCCUAUUUCUUACUCACUUAUAUUCCUACUUGUUAAACCACUUAAUUUUCAGAUUUUUGGUUUGCCAAAACUUUCAGGUCUGUCUUCACUAAUUUCAAAUUUUUAAACUUGUUAAGGUUUAAUCAGUAAGAUCACUUUGUACAAAUAGACUUAUUAUUUAUGGUUUCCCCAGGAUAUUCUGCAUUUUAUCUGUGUUUAUGGAAGAUAGGGUGAUGAUAUAUUCUCUUUUGAUUGGCAGUUAUUUGAAAACUUCAUUUUAGCUUUUUGUAUAUGUUUUUGCUAUUUUGAGUGUUUUUUUUUAUUUUGCACUAAGAUACUCUGAGGAAGAAUAGAAAAGCACAUUUUUCGUGAAAUGUUGAACUUUAUAAACUAGAUGUCUGUCUUUUAUAAUGGUUGUAGUCUAAUGUGGCUGAGAAGACAUAAGGAGUGUAAGACAAUGAUAAUUUUGGCAUUUUGACCACACCUGCUGAGGGCACAUUUUGGAGGAAGAGGGAGUGAGUGACAACAAUUGGUUAAUUGGUCAAGGUGAGGAAGGUCAUUGCUUCCCCAGUGGAUCAGUGCCUUCAGCUUUUCCUACAUUUCUUGCUUCUAAGGCAGGUUCUCUUCAGUGUGUUUGACUCAUCAUCUUACAUGUUAGACAGAAGAGGCACUUAUCAUGGGGUUUGCAUGAGAAAAUCUUUAUUCACCUUUGUGUGAUUUUGUGUGAAUAGAUGAAUUUCCAAGUCAAGUUUAACCACAACAUUUCAUUUAGGCAUUUUCAUAUGUUUGUGUUCUCUUUAGUUUUAUCAAGAUUUUUCUAGGUUGCUUUCACCAUAAUUAUCUCACCUGUCAGGGUUGAUCAGACAGAUACAACUUUAAGGUAAAGAAACUCUUUAUAAAACUCUCUAGGUCUACUAUCCUGAUUCAUAAGCCCCAUUUGUGGAAUCCUGCAGUAUUAUGGUAUGUUUUCCUUUCAUGUACUCUGUCACCCAAAGGCAUGUCAUAAUGAUAAGAAGAUAUGAAACUUUCCAUCUCUGACAGUGAAUACUGCCAGGGACCUGCAUCUGUAUGCUCUUUGAUGACACCAUUUUUUAUUAAACAGAGAACCUUUGAAAAGUUGCAGGAUAAGUCAGGGGGUCACUUUAGGUCAUGAUGAAGCUGAAAUUUGUUUUUAGUAAUUAAAACUCAUUCUAUUCAUUUUAAUUUCUAUUUAUUUAAUAUUUUUGCAUGUUUCAGGUGCAAAUAUUAGCCCCAGAGAACUCCGAAAGGGCAUUGGGUAUAUAAUAGGAGCGUGGCAUUACCCUGUGGAUCCUAUGGAAUACCUAUAAUAAGAAAUGUUCAGUGAAAAAUUGAAAGCUAAUAAUAAUGGAUAUCUGCCUCAUCGUAGUUCAACAUAACUGCCCACCCCUUCUUAAGGUUUCCCAUGAAAUAUUAAGGCUCUUCUCUUUGAUGGCAGUGUCAACCUGUGUAACCUUGUCCUGCCUUAAAUACUCAUGCAAAAAAAAAAUAACAAACCUUUCUGAAAAACACCUAUUUAUAUCGUGAGAAGGACUUCAUAUUUACUGAGUUCCAACAUCAAGAAUUUUCACACUUUAAGUCUGAAGAUGACAGCCUCCUGAUGCCCUGGGCUCUCUCAGCCUGUCACUUGUCUUGGUCUCCUGAAGAGGCAAAAAGACUGCAGACUAGUGUCUGGCAAGGUUUGUCUAGGGCUCAAGCUCCAGCUUCUGCCAUAAGAUAGGUAAGGAGUCUGCAAAUUCUGUGAAGGACCAAAAAGGCGAAUAUGUGAGACUCUAUAGGCCAGGGAGUCUCUGUUGUAACUACUUGCCUUUUAUAGGAGGUGACCACACAGAGACCACACAGAUGCCAUACUUGCACAGAUAUGUAUGGCUACAUUCCAAUAAAAGUUCUUUACAAAAAUGCAUUAACAAGUCAGUUUUUGUCCCUGGGAGUAAUUUGUUGAUCCGAUGAUCAAGCAUUGAGUACUCCUUUCAGAGGGAAAUUUAGUUCCACUUUGGCAUAGAUGAAGACUAGGGAUAUUAUUUUUUAACAACUAAUCUAUAAAAUACAAACAACCUUGUCUUCCCCAAUACCACUCACAAAAAAAAAAUGCCAGACUCCAUUAUGGCAAAAACACAAAUCAGGUCACUUUCUUUGUAUAUUUGCCAAUGUUUGGCUUUUCCUUCUGACCUUCUCAUUUUGAUUCCCCUCUCCUCGAAAAAAUCCCAAGUGAUGUUGCCUCGUUCCAAGUCAGUUUUAUAGACCACGUAACAUGUCUUAAUACACUGUAUGGGGAAAACUAAAAGUUAGCCUUAGAUUUCUUUGUUUUCUAUGGUUACUGUUGUACAGAAGAAAGACAAACUGUAAAUAAUGUAUAUUUAAUAAAGAGAAAAUUUUGUAUGA